UAAAAACAGGACCAUAAUAUCAAAUCAAAGCAGAUAGAAAGGAAAAAUGGAGGUAGGUUUAGCAUAUCUCACAGCCUCACAAUCCACAAGCAGCCCUCUAUGUUUCUCCAAUCGCAACAGUUUCAUUAACAAGAAUCAUCUUCUGCUACCAGUCACCAGUGACACCAGCACUACUAUUAGUGUUUGCAGUAAAAGAAGAAGACCCAUCUGUGUUAAGGCUUCGAAGAGUUCAUUCGAUGCUAACACCGCAAGACAGACUUUGGCUAGCAACUGGGAUGUUGAAAAGUUCUCAUCUUUUGCUAAUUCAGCUCCUACUUUGCCAAAAUUUGAGGAAUUGGAUACUACCAACAUGCUUCUCCGUCAAAGAAUCAUUUUUUUGGGCUCUCAAGUGGAUGACGUGACGGCAGAUUUUAUUAUCAGUCAGCUAUUAUUUCUGGAUGCUGAAGACCCCAAAAAAGACAUCAAAUUGUUUAUUAAUUCACCUGGGGGUUCUGUCACUGCUGGACUGGGAAUUUAUGAUGCGAUGAAGUUGUGCAAGGCUGAUGUUUCAACUAUUUGCCUUGGGCUUGCUGCAUCCAUGGGAGCAUUUCUUCUUUCUGCUGGUUCCAAAGGUAAGAGAUUUUGCAUGCCCAAUGGGAGGGUGAUGAUUCAUCAGCCACUUGGAACUGCUGGAGGCAAAGCAUCAGAAAUGAGCAUCCGGAUUAGAGAAAUGAGUUACCACAAGAUUAAGCUGAACAAGAUAUUAUCAAGAAUAACAGGGAAGCCUCUAGAGCAGGUUGAAGUUGACACUGAUCGUGACAAUUUCAUGAAUGCGUGGGAAGCUAAAGAAUAUGGGUUGGUAGAUGAAGUUAUUGAUGAUGGUAAGACAGGAUUAGUUGCACCGCUUACAGAUGCUUCACCUCCACCAAAAACUCGGGUGUGGGAUCUUUGGAAAAUUGAAGGGAGCAAGAAAGCUAAGAAUAAUUUGCCUUCAGAGCAUAAAAUGCUACAGAAUGGAUAUGUUGGAGGAGGUGAUGGGGAUAGAGGCAUGGACCAGGAAAAGGAAACACCAAGUCCGGUAUAAGAUUUGAGACACGUUUGGAUUUGUUGACCUAUCAAAGGAGCUGUGCUAUGUAAUGUUGUGAAAGUAGAUUAUGGAUUAAUGACUAUAAAUUUUGAAAAACGGAAAGGCCAUAUGGUUUCUAUUAUUUGUACAUUUACUUCGAAUAGUGUUGAUUUCCUUCAAA